AAGCCCAUUCACAGCCACCAGUUGUUUCUCUCUGCCCGUCAGUGGCCACAUAUUACAUCAGGCUGCAACAUCCACCACAACAGACUCUCCACGCACGACCAUGGCCGUGACCGACUUUCUAGCAGCUUCAGACGUCACUUUGGCUAUUAAUGCUUGUAAAGCAAAGGAUUCCUUUAGCCCGAAGACGUUUUUCAAAACAGUGGGUUUGUCCAAGAAAAGUCCAAAAGAGAUCGAGAGGGUCUUUAAGAUUUUGGACCAGGACAAAAGUGGCUUCAUUGAACAGGAUGAGUUACAACUGUUCCUGCAGAACUUCGCCAAGGGAGCGAGGCCCCUGACCGCUGCUGAGACCAGAGCUUUCCUCAUGGAGGGCGACUCCGAUGGAGACGGGAAGAUCGGCUGGGAAGAGUUUUCUGCGCUGGUCAAGUCUACAUAAGGUGAUGAUCUCAGGACGGACCUGUUUUUUAAUAAUGUUUACUAGCUACAGUAAAUCUCAUGGACUCACCCAGGGAUCCUUUGUGUUUAGAGCCAUAGAAGAAAACAUGUCAUAGUUUAAAUGAGAGAUAAUGUAAUACAGUAAUUGAUGUAAAACACAAAUUCACUCUUGCCUCUCUGCUAUGAUUCUUUCCCUGCCAGAAGAGUUUGCCAAUAAACUUCACAAUUGAACAUUAA